AUGUCGGAAGCUGUCGACUUAAAAAACCAGGGCAACAAUGCCUUUGCCGCCGGUGACUUUCCCGCUGCGGCCAAGCUGUACUCACAGGCCAUCGAUCUCAAUGACAAGGAGCCUACCUUUUUUACCAAUCGUGCCCAGGCGUACAUCAAAACAGAAGCCUUUGGAUAUGCAAUUCUAGACGCUGGCAAGGCUAUUGAGCUCAACCCGAAGCUUGUCAAGGCUUACUACCGCCGAGGUCUUGCCCUAACCGCCAUCCUGCGUCCCAAGGAAGCUGUGGAUGACUUCAAGGAAUGCGUCCGUCUCGACCCCACCAACAAGGAUGCGCGAUUGAAGCUGGAGGAGUGCAAGAAGCUUGUGCGGCAACUUGCGUUCUAUGCUGCCAUCGAGGUCGGCGAUGAGCCGUCGGCCAUCGAAGGUCUGGAUAUUGCUUCCAUGUUUGUCGAGGACAACUACGACGGCGUCGAGCUUGGUGACGAGAUGACACAAGAAUUUAUCGACGACAUGAUUGAGAGAUUCAAGAAUGGCAAGAAGCUUGCCAAGAAAUACGUCUACCAAAUCCUCGUCGCUGUCAAGAAUAUCAUCUACGAUGAGGCAACUAUGGUGGAGAUGAAAAUUCCCGACGAUGUCAAGCUUACUGUCUGCGGCGAUACACAUGGUCAAUACUUUGAUCUCCUGGAGCUGUUCCGCAAAAAUGGCAAGCCCGCUGAGAAGCACUGGUACUUGUUUAACGGUGACUUUGUGGAUCGUGGAUCGUGGUCUUGCGAGAUUGCCCUACUACUCUACGCUUACAAGUGGCUGCGACCCAAUGGCUUCUUCCUUAACCGUGGCAACCACGAGACAGAUGACAUGAACAAGGUCUACGGCUUUGAGGGAGAAUGCAAGGCAAAGUACAACGAGAGAAUCUUCAAGAUCUUCUCCGAAAGCUUCUCCGCCUUGCCCCUGGCAACUCUUAUUGGCAGCAAGUACCUGGUGCUCCACGGUGGUCUCUUCUCCGACGACAAGGUUACACUUGACGACAUCCGCAAGCUCAACAGACACAACCAGAAGCAGCCCGGCCAAGCUGGCUUGAUGAUGGAGAUGCUCUGGACAGAUCCACAAGAAGAGCAGGGACGCGGACCCAGCAAGCGCGGUGUGGGCAUGCAGUUUGGCCCUGAUAUCACCAAGCGCUUUUGUGAGAACAACGGUCUCGAGGCCAUUAUUCGAAGCCACGAAGUUCGCAUGGACGGUUAUGAAGUCCAGCAUGACGGCCGAUGCAUCACUGUUUUCUCCGCCCCCAGAUAUUGCGAUUCUACCGAGAACCGCGGCGCUUACAUCAACAUCCGCUCGGAUUACAAGCUGCAGUAUGAGCAAUUUGAUGCCGUUCCCCACCCGGAUAUCCGGCCCAUGGCGUAUGCCCAAAACUCGCUCAUGUCAUCGCUAGCGUGA